CCAUUCGCGGGGGUUGCGGUUUACUAGCCUCCACUGUAUUAACUGUCCACUCCACAAACCCCACUAGAGGUUCCCCUCGGUCUUGUCCGUUCCAUGGCAGGCGUUGAGUCCAACAGAAUAUCGAUUGCAAGCGUUGCUUCGAAACUAUCGACCCUCUGGUCAAAGAUCCCCUUCUCUUCCAGGGAAAUAUCAUCACCGCUCGCCGUCAUAUGUUCCUACAUUGAGACUACCCCCGAUGCCCAGCGGUCCCCCAUCAAAGAAUUGGUCGUUUACAAAGAAGAGGAUGGUUUUCAGCACGAGUUCCUUCUUUUACGGCUAGCGAAACCUGCUGGAGAAGAAUUCUGGGUGCGCCUGGAGAGAAAAGGGCCAAGGGGCACUCUUAGCAGACUUAUCUCUAGUAAAUGGGAAGCAAAUGAUAUGGCGACUCUUUCUGGGAAAAGCGCAACUCUAUUAGGUAGCACGAAGAAUGUUGAGAAGACGAAAAUCAUUUUCCGCGUCCCACCUUCGCUGACGGACUUGUUCUGUGUCCUCGAGGCACUCAGGGAGUCAUCAAAAUCCUACAAACUGUGGCCGGAGAAUUGUUACUUUUUUGCAUCUGUAGUUGCUGAACACCUAUACAGUCUCGAUGAAAGUGCAGAACUUAUUGGAACUUUGAGAUGGCUUGAUCUUGGAGUUGAGGCCCGUCGAAGAAUUUAUCAAGUAAUUGCUUCAUAUGAUCCUCUUUCCUUUCAUGAUCUAGAUAGUGAGCCGGAAAGCACACCACCGACCGGAUCCCUGGCAUUCUCCAUUGGUGCGUUUAAGACUGAGCCUGAUGUUGACGGGUCUCUCAAUGCAGCUGCAAGAAUUAGAAUAUUGGAAGAGGAAAACCGGAAACUCUAUGACAGUUUGCAGUUGUGCAUAGAGGAAAUGGCGGCACUGCGGACGUCAAAGUCUGAGGUCAGCCAGCCAACUAUGGAAUCUAAUCCGGCACUCAAUCCAUCAACCCCAUCUGGCCCAAAAUUUACCCGGAGCCCAGAUGCAAGUUCGAGUUCAAGCUCCACAGCAACUCCGACGGAGGGAAACCAGUUAAAGAGCUUCAAAGUGAGCUUAGAUCAUCCAUGCUGGAGAGUCCUUCCCGCCGCGCUCAAGAAAUACAAAAUCAACGACGACUGGCGACAGUAUGUUAUGUUUGUCUGUUACGGGAGUACGGAACGCUGUUUGAGCUAUGACGAAAAGCCCCUCUUGCUAUUCCAGAAAUUAAAGCACGCGAACAAGAAUCCUGUCUUCAUGCUGAAGCAUAUCAGGGAUAUACGUUCUCCCAUUGCUAUUGCGCAGAAAAAGGUAUCUAUGCGGGUUCAUGAGACCGUCGCCAACAAUCUAUCCCAGCCGCCAAAGGAUGCAGACGUUGCCCAGAAUGCAGUUGAGGCAGAGUUGUACUCUCUUGACACGAGACUGCAUCAGCCACCAGUUUUACUUCCUGUGAGCGCCCAGGCGCAAGCUGAGGAAGCUGCAAGCACCGCCGCUGGUGCGCAAAAUGCGGACGGAAGCGGAUUAUCGCGACCCGAGACCGCUGACUCACAGCCUGAUUCUUCACGCGGCAAGAUACAAAGUGGGGAUGAGCCAAACCCUCAUCCUGAUAUGAAAGAUAGUUCAGCUGUAGCUGCGGGUGGAGCUAUUUCUUAUGCUAUCGCCAUAUAUCCUUAUUUGGCCGAACAGGACGAUGAGUUUGAUGUCGUUAUCGAUGACACAUAUAUAAUCGUGUCUAGGUGGCAAGGCUGGCGGAUUGUCCAGAAGGAUCCCAGUGGCACAGGCGUGGUUGAUGACAAAGCUGCAAAGGGCUGGGUCCCCACAGGCUGCAUUCUCGAAACUCAUAUCCCCCCCGCUUUGGCUAUGUCUGAAGCAAAAGCUACAAACUCUUCUCUGCGAACCACGGGAUCAAAUCCUAACGGGUCUCCGACGACCGCCCAUUUGAAGUCUCCCAUCCUGCCAUCGAAAAUUAUAUCAGCAAGUUUCCUCGGCAUCGCGCUUAUAGACUACCCUGGAAGGGGUGAGCACGAGCUGACACUAGCAAGAGGGGAUGUUCUUCGGGCCUUCAAACGAUAUAACAAUUGGUCCUAUGCAAUAAAGGAAGACACAGGCGACCGUGGCUGGGUGCCAAGCUGGUUCGUCGGUAAAGGCACCCCUGGAAUUCCGCUCCCGCCAUCAGACAUCCCUCCCCCAAUUCUAACUGGCACCCAUGCAGGCGAAUCCUCCACUAACGCCCCGGAGGCUGCUCCACACACGAGGCCCGGUCCUUGACAUCUAAUUUCUUCCAGUCGUGUGAAAACAUACUCGGUUUUACUGAUAUGUCGUUCUGUCCUAUAUGCUUGGGCGUGCCUUGAUUGACUGUUCCUUACAAUCCCAC